AUGUUGAGACUCACCUCAACUCUACUGGCGUUGCUGGCUGUAAAUAGUGUCGCAUAUGCCGAACAAGAGCCUCCAACUAUCACCACAGCGCCUAUAUACUUGCCAUACUACAACAAGGAGUCUUGGUCCCUGGUCCGCGGUAGCAUCAUUUCGAGCGACGAGCAGGCCCAAGAGACAACAUACACGAUAUUCUGUCCAGAUCCAGAUGGCUCCACCCCUCCGGAGUGCGAUCUUUCUCUCGAGUUUCCCUUUAUUCUUGUCGAAGGUCCUGAUACCGUUCGAUUCCAUGGAACUCACCCAUCAAGAUUAACGGCAAACUUGGAGUGCAGUCUGCAAGGCACAACCGAAGCAACAUGCUCUGGAUACUCCAGCUUCGACGAGGGUUAUAAUGACGGUGUUCACACUGGACCAACCGAAGUAGUAUGGAAAUCUACCUUUACUGGACAAGAGGCUGAAUGGGGCGUCUUGACCAUGGGCCCUUUGCCUGAGGAUCCUGACCCUGUCACUGCUGCCUUGACCACGCCUACAGAAUUCGUUUCGCUACCGCUAGCUACGGAUGGCAGCAGUUCAGCAACGGGUUUGGAUGUCAAAAUUAUGAGGGUUACUCUUGUGGCAGCCUUUUGCAUGUUGGUGGCUGGCAGGCUGUGA